CAUUUCAUGAUAUACUAUAACGGUUUACAAUGGGAAGGUCGCAUCUUAUAGUCGGUAUAUUCGCAUUGUUCAGUAGUUUGGCCCAAGUCCGGGGCCAGUGCGUGGACAUCGAUCGAGCAGCGUGUCAGCUCCUGCAUGACAGGGACCCGACUUUGUGUUCGGAGGAGCUCGGGGUGGCUACUUGUCCAGCCUUCUGCAACCUUUGUCCUUUAGAAUGCUAUCACUGCGACGUAUCGGUGCCCGACUACCAUUUGUGCAACACAACAGCCAUUUGCGCAAAAGGACAGGUGUGCAUGAGAAAGAUAUUGACCUCCUACACCGAUGGGCACCAUGAAUACGAGAUGACAUGCGAGAACAAGGAGGUAUGCGACGGUGUCAAUCUUCAUUUCGGGUUUGGUAAGCGAGACAGAGAAAACAGGGAUGUCUCCAUCUCCUGCUGCUCGAAUAACCUUUGUAACUAUCCAAUGGAGACCACCACGACGACCACAACCACCACCACCACCACUCCGGCUCCCACUACUACACGCGCACCUGUUACCACAACACAAGCACAUGGAUGUGUUGUCGACCUGGUCUUCGCCGUGGAUGAAUCUAGCAGCAUCAGCCGAUCUCAUAGCCAGGAAGUAUUAGAUUUCCUGAACUCAGUUGUCAGAAGGCUCCCAGUUAGCCAUUCAGGCGUGCAUGUGGCUGUUGGGACUUUCAACACCCACUAUAACGAACGAUUUAACCUCAAUGCUCAUACGACGCUUUGGUCUGUCCAGUCUGCUAUUAAUAAAAUCCAGCUGGCCGGUGGAACUGGUGAUUUGAAUGCGGGGUUAGCCUACGCCAUUGACGCGCUGAAACCAUCCAAUGGAGCCCGUUCGAACGCAAAGAACGUAGUCGUUAUCAUUACAGAUGACACUCCAAAGAGCGCAAUCACGUAUAGUCAUUUCGGUUCUUUGCUCCAUCAAAAUAGCGACAACGUGAUUGUAAUCGAAAUAGGACAUGCGGUGUUUGCCCAUCUUAGUACAGACAGCAGGCACGACAUUCAUCUCACGUCCGCGUCCCAGCUCAGUUCUUAUGACAGCACGGUGGCGGGACUUAUUUGCCCGUAGAUGUCUUGAUGAAAAUGAACAUUAAGAUGUAACGUUAAAAUAAAAAGUAGAAAGGUA